UUUCCGUUAGUUUGACUUCUGUCCGUUACUCUGCAACUUGAACUACUGUAAACCCAACGACCACAUUUCUUGAUUUGUUCAGACCUUCUCUCUCUCUCUCUCUCUCUCUCUAAUGGCGUCCAAUCUCCUUUCGAGACACCUUUCCAUGGAUUCUCUUCCCUUUCGACGUCGAUUCCUUUCACUUCCUUUCUAACCAAAUAGUGAAAUACUCCCUUUCUUUCUGGCUCUACAGAAACCCUAGCUUCCUAGUUUCCUCUUCAAUGUGGAAGUGAAGCUCUUGCGUUGGACCCCUCAAAGCUCAGUUUCCCACGGUCAUUGCUGAGAGAGAUUCAUUGUAGGACCACUCAGAGCGGCAAUGGCAGCAGAGCCGGAGAUGGAGAAGAAAUGGGAGGAGGUGCUAAGGAAAAUGCUUCCUGCCGGAGCGCCACUGCCGGACGAGGAGCAUCUCGAUUACUCGAUUGCCGUGGAGUACCGGGGGCCUCCGGUGCUGUACGAGGUCCCCAAGGUUGAGCCACUAGACUUCGAUUCUCUCUCGAUUCGGAGCUCGUCCUUGGUUUCUGUAUCGGAGUAUGCGCCGGUGGUGAGAGUCGUCGCGCCGGUUAUUCUGGCAGCUCCAAAGGCUUCAAGGUUUAAUGGGAUUCUUAAUGGAGAGGGCAGUGGAGAAUUGGGGAAGUCUCCUCAGGUGGAGAGCCCAAGGUCGUUGGGGUCCACGAGGGCGCAAACUGAAUUUCGGGGAGAUGGGUCAAGAGAAUUGGAUUGGGGGGGUGAAGGAGCAGAGGAAGGGUUGAGUCCUGCGUCAUCUCCAUCGCUUUGGGAAGGGAAUUCAGUAUCUGAUUCCCCAUUCGUUGGUUCGCCAAAGACGACAGUUGGGGGGAGGAGAACUGCAGUGGUGGCAUUCAAUACUGCAGACCAGUGGGUAGACGAGGAGGAUGAGUUGGCUUCGACCAGGUCCAGUGUUGUUGAUCAGGAAGUGGUACCAGUUGUGGUUCAAAGGAAGAGAGGUGUUUGUAGCAGGUGUGGGAAAGGGAACAUAUUGAAGGAGAGGGAGGCUUGUCUGGUAUGUGAUGCAAGGUAUUGCAGUAAUUGCGUGCUUAAGGCAAUGGGUUCGAUGCCAGAGGGUCGAAAGUGUGUGAGCUGCAUUGGAAAGCCAAUAAAUGAGUUGAAAAGAUCGAGCUUGGGGAAGUCUUCGAGGAUGUUGUGCAGAUUGUGUAGUCCUUUAGAGGUAAGGCAGAUCAUGAAAGCAGAGAAGGAAUGUUCAGCAAAUCAGCUCCGGCCCGAGCAGCUUAUUGUGAAUGGCAGACCACUUAGACAAGAAGAACUGGCUGAAGUUUUGGGUUGUGCAUAUCCUCCUCAGAAGCUGAAACCAGGGAGGUACUGGUAUGAUAAGGAUUCUGGACUUUGGGGAAAGGAGGGAGAGAAGCCUGAUAAGAUCAUAAGUUCAAAAUUGAAUGUUGGGGGGAAGCUACAGUCAGAGGCAAGCAAUGGGAAUACACAAGUAUAUAUUAAUGGGCGUGAAAUCCCAAAAAUAGAGCUCAGGAUGCUGAAGUUAGCUAAGGUGCAAUGCCCCCGAGAUACUCAUUUUUGGGUGUACGCUGAUGGGUCUUAUGAGGAAGAAGGUCAGAAUAACAUAAAGGGUAAAAUAUGGGAAAAGGUAUACUUCCAUCUAUUAAUACAAGUAACUUUGACCUGGUUCAAUUUUGAAAUCUUAAAUCCAGCUAUGGGAUUUUCUGGGCAGGCAUCAACUCGCUUUCUUUGUUCACUAUUCUCAUUGCCUGUGCCCCCUAGAAAUGCUACUGGACAAGGAGAAGAUGCAGCUAAUUUCUCAAGUAGGUCUGUGCCUGAAUAUUUGGAGCAGAGAAAAGUUCAGAAACUUUUGCUACAUGGCUUGGAAGGUUCUGGAACCAGCACUAUCUUCAAGCAGGCCAAGUUUUUGCAUGGGAACUUUACUUCAGAAGAGCAGCAUGAUAUGAAACUUAUGAUACAGAGAAACAUGUACAAAUAUCUCAGCGUAUUGCUCGAAGGCCGAGAGCAUUUUGAAGAGGAGGCUUUGAUGAGAAGGGAUGCUACUUUUGAUGCUGAAGAGUCUGGCCAAGAAAGUGGAUGUGAUGAAAGUAAGCAGUGCAUCUAUGCAAUUAAUCAACGGUUGAAGCAUUUCUCUGACUGGCUACUGGAAAUUAUGGCCACGGGGGACUUGGAUGCUUUCUUCCCUGCUGCAACCCGUGAGUAUGCCCCUGUUGUAGAUGAAGUUUGGAAGGACCCUGCAAUUCAGGAAACAUACAAGAGAAGAGAUGAAUUGCAUUUUCUUCCUGAUGUUGCUAAUUAUUUCUUAAAUCGGGCUAUUGAGAUAUCAAGCAAUGAGUAUGAACCAUCUGAGAAAGACAUUUUAUAUGCUGAAGGAGUUACGCAGAGCAAUGGUGUAGCCUUUCUUGAAUUCAUGCUGGAUGAUCAUAGUCCCAUGUCAGAGAUAUACAAUGAAAACUUUGAAUGCCCUCAGACAAACCAAAGGUACCAACUAAUUCGAGUAAAUUCAAAGGGACUAGGUGAUGGCUGCAAAUGGCUGGAAAUGUUUGAAGAUGUGAGGGCUGUUCUCUUCUGUGUUGCCCUAAGUGACUAUGAUCAGUUGCGGGCCCAGGGCAUGGGUCCAGUGUGCAACAGGAUGCUGGCAAGCAGGGACCUGUUUGAGAGUGUUGUGAGACACCCUUGUUUUAGGGAUACCCCUUUUAUUCUCCUCCUCAACAAGUAUGAUGCAUUUGAAGAAAAGAUCAAUCGGGUUCCUUUAACAGUUUGUGAGUGGUUUGGGGACUUCAGUCCAGUGAAGCCCCAUCACAACAAUCAAUCUCUAGCCAACCAGGCUUACUUCUAUGUUGCAAUGAAGUUUAAGAAUCUCUAUACCUCUAUCACUAACGGGAAGCUGUUUGUGGCACAGACCAGGGCCCAUGAGCGAAGUACUGUUGAUGAUGCAUUCAAGUAUACAAGGGAGAUUCUUAAGUGGGAAGAUGAGAAGGAUGAUAAAUAUGUUAUUAAUGGAGAAGAUUCAUUUUACAGUACAGAAAUUAGCUCCUCACCAUAUAUUAGGCAGGAAUAGAUCUCAUUCUUUUAUGCAGUAGUAGGUACUUUUUUGUGUUUUACACGGGAAGGGUUUGCUACAAACAAGACGUGUACAGCUGGCUACGUAACCCAAUCAAGAGUUUAUGUCAGUCAUCCGUACAGGUGCCAGUUGUACAGCGCACUGGUGUGUUCAUGCUUGAUUGGGUUACAUAGCCUGUUGCACACGCCUUGUUUGUAGCAGAUCCAAAGUGGCUUACCACUGUACUCGGGGAAAAAAUAACUGGACAGAUUUCCUCUGGAUAAAUUUUUUGCAUUUGCUGUGUGGGGCAACUGGCCCUAUUUAGCUCAAAGUUGUGAGGAUGAUUUUCAUUUUCAGGUAAGAAGUACGAGUAACUUGCUCAAUUAUGGAUUCAAAGAAGCUAAUCUGGGCUAAGGGUUUUAUUGGAACGAUCUGUUUCUGCUCUGUAUAUUCCAAGAUCACAUUCUUUACUUCAACUUUAUUAUAUCAAAUAAAUUCAAUUAUUUUUUUAGAGUGAUUUUCA